GAGCUUAAAUUUGUGGGGAAACAAGCUCAAUGAGUUGCCUGCUGAAGUCUUCUCAGGGCUCAGAAAGUUGCAAGAUCUCAACCUGGGGACCAACAAGCUCAAUGAGUUGCCUGCUGAAGCGUGGCCCGAUCUGUUCGCACGUCUUGGCAACUUACGGGAGCUGAACCUGUGGUACAACAGGCUCGGCGAGUUGCCUUCUAAAGUCUGGUCCAAAUCGUUUGCAGGGCUCAGCCACUUGCAGGAGCUUUACUUGGGCGGAAACGCUCUCAGUGAGUUGCAUGCUGGAGUCUUUUCCGGGCUCGGCAACCUGCAGAAGCUUGCCCUGGGUGAGAACAAGCUCAAUGAGUUGCCUGUUGAGAUCUGGGCCGAUCUGUUUGCAGGGCUCGACAACUUGCAGGAGCUGGACCUGAGGUCCAACAAACUCAGUGAGUUGCCUGCUGAAGUCUGGGCCAAUCUGUUUGCAGGGCUGAGCAGCUUACAAAAGAUUUACUUGCGCAGCAACAAGCUCACUCGGUUGCAUGCUGAAGUCUUUUCAGGUCUCAGCAGCUUGCAGAGUCUCAACCUGGGGUACAACUCGCUCACUCGGUUGCAUGCGGGAGUCUUUUCAGGACUCAGCAACUUGCAGGAGCUUGAAUUGUGGGAAAACGAGCUUAAUGAGUUGCCUGCUGAAGUCUUCUCAGGACUCAGCAACUUGCAGGAGCUCAACCUGAGGUACAACUCGCUCAGUGAGUUGACUGCCGAAGUGUGGGCCCAUCUCUUCGCAGGUCUUAGCAACUUGCGGAAGCUGAACCUGUGGUACAACAAACUCGGCGAGUUGUCUUCUAAAGUCUGGUCCAAAUCAUUUGCAGGGCUCAGCCACUUGCUGGAGCUUUACUUGGGCGGAAACGAUCUCAGUGAGUUGCAUGCUGGAGUCUUUUCCACGCUGGGCAACCUGCAGGAGCUUGUCCUGAGUCGGAACAAGCUCAGUGAGUUGCCUGUUGAGAUCUGGGCCGAUCUGUUUGCAGGUCUUAGCAACUUGCGGAAGCUGGACCUGGGGAACAACAAACUCGGCGAAUUACCUGCUGAAGUCUGGGCCAAUAUGUUUUCAGGGCUCGGAAGUCUGCAAAAGCUUUGGCUGUACGGUAAUGGUCUCAGUGAGUCCAAGGUGGCAGUGGCACCUGGCGCGCAACUGGAGAGACGUUCGCACACCGAGGCAUCGGAAUGUCCAGUCGAAGUCAUCACAGUUGUGAAAGUCUUCAGUCGAAGUCUUCAUGACUUCUCGGCCUUGGUCCUACACUACCGCGCGGAAACCAAGCAUGAGUUCUGCAAAGUGGUUGUGGUUCUUUUCCUUGACCGUGUGGGCCGUGUUUACUGCGUUGGUUCUUUUGGAGGUGCUGCCCAAUUUGUGUCUCCGAUUCGCUGCCUCAUGUCGGUCUCUGUGGAUAUUCCUGGACAUGGUCACUUUGAUAUCAAACUGACUGCUUCGAGCACCGCUGCUGACAUUAUUUUACUGCUACGUGAGCGUUUGCCAGACAGCCCAUGGCAUGGGAACAAGUUGCUGUCAAGUGGGGUCUGCCAGCUACAGUGCGAUGACAUUGUGGAGGCAACCCGCCACAGCACUUUAGUCUUGACAAACUACUCAGCGCCUUUGUGCAUUGAGACCAUGUGA